AUGCUUGCCAAUUCAGGCAGCGUGAGGAUUCUCAUCAAGGGAGGCAAGGUGGUGAACGAUGACUGCACCCACGAGGCUGAUGUCUACAUUGAGAAUGGCAUCAUCCAGCAGGUGGGCCGUGAGCUCAUGAUCCCCGGAGGGGCCAAGGUGAUCGAUGCCACUGGGAAGUUGGUGAUUCCUGGAGGCAUUGACACCAGCACCCACUUCCAUCAGACCUUCAUGAACGCUACAUGCGUGGACGACUUCUACCACGGGACCAAGGCAGCACUGGUUGGAGGCACCACCAUGGUCAUCGGCCACGUCCUGCCCGACAAGGAGACCUCCCUCGUGGAAGCUUACGAGAAGUGCCGGGGUCUGGCCGACCCCAAGGUCUGCUGUGACUACGCCCUGCAUGUGGGGAUCACCUGGUGGGCACCCAAGGUGAAAGCAGAAAUGGAGACGCUGGUGAGAGAGAAGGGUGUCAACUCAUUCCAGAUGUUUAUGACCUACAAAGACUUGUAUAUGCUGCGGGACAGUGAGCUGUACCAAGUGUUGCAUGCAUGCAAGGACAUUGGAGCGAUCCCCCGAGUCCAUGCUGAGAAUGGGGAGCUCGUGGCUGAGGGUGCUAAGGAGGCGCUAGAUUUGGGGAUCACGGGCCCAGAAGGAAUCGAAAUCAGCCGCCCAGAGGAGCUGGAGGCUGAAGCCACUCACCGAGUUAUCACCAUUGCAAACAGGACUCACUGUCCAAUAUACUUGGUCAAUGUGUCCAGCAUCUCGGCCGGUGAUGUGAUCGCAGCUGCUAAGAUGCAAGGGAAGGUUGUACUGGCCGAGACCACCACCGCGCAUGCCACUCUGACAGGCUUACACUACUACCACCAGGACUGGUCCCACGCGGCCGCCUACGUGACGGUGCCUCCGUUGAGACUGGACACCAACACCUCAACCUACCUCAUGAGCCUGCUGGCCAAUGAUACUCUGAACAUUGUGGCUUCAGAUCACCGGCCUUUCACCACGAAGCAGAAAGCUAUGGGCAAGGAGGACUUCACCAAGAUCCCGCAUGGAGUGAGUGGCGUGCAGGACCGCAUGAGCGUCAUCUGGGAGAGAGGAGUGGUUGGAGGAAAGAUGGACGAGAACCGUUUUGUGGCGGUUACCAGUUCCAAUGCAGCGAAGAUUCUCAACCUGUAUCCCCGCAAGGGCCGCAUCAUCCCUGGAGCCGAUGCCGAUGUGGUGGUGUGGGAUCCAGAAGCCACAAAGACCAUCUCAGCCAGCACCCAGGUGCAGGGAGGAGACUUCAACCUGUACGAGAACAUGCGCUGCCAUGGCGUACCGCUGGUCACCAUCAGCCGGGGCCGAGUUGUGUACGAGAACGGCGUCUUCAUGUGCGCUGAGGGCACCGGCAAGUUCUAUCCCCUGAGGUCCUUCCCAGACACUGUCUACAAGAAGCUAGUCCAGAGAGAAAAGACCCUAAAGGUUAAAGGAGUGGACCGCACUCCCUACCUGGGGGACGUAGCUAUCGUUGUGCAUCCCGGGAAAAAAGAGAUGGGAACACCACUCGCAGACACUCCUACUCGGCCUGUUACCCGACACGGGGGCAUGAGGGACCUUCACGAGUCCAGCUUCAGCCUCUCUGGUUCUCAGAUCGAUGACCAUGUUCCAAAGCGAGCUUCGGCUCGGAUCCUUGCUCCCCCCGGAGGCAGGUCAAGCGGCAUUUGGUAAAGGCACUGACCAGCCCCCCCCACAUGAGGACGCACCGCUGCCACCAGCCCGCACACCCUCCGGCCGCAGCUGCAGGGGGCGGGAGAGGCUGGGCUGGGCGGCACACCACCUGAGGGGGCCACAGGACCCGGGGAGCCCUCCCCAUGUCUGACACGUGAUUCACUGUGCUUCGAGCCAACCCUAAUAGGCACUUUGAGAUGUGUUCCUCCCGCUGCAGUCCUUUCCUGCCUUGGCCUCGGCAGGCUUUUGGGGGCCCAGGAAACCCACACUAUGCACAGAGCCCAAUGCAUAGAGCCCGGCCUAGCCCCUCCUCACACCCGCCUCCAUGUGCUGGCUUCGGGGAAGCCCAGACUUUAGUGCCCUGCCCCCUGGCUCACCCGCCAGCUGUCCGGAGCACUUUAGCAGAUGUGUGUUAGAGGAAAAGGACCCCCUCCCCCUAAGGAGGCCCCGCGGUCGCUUUUCCCCAGUCAGACAGGUGUCGGCUUCCCAGCCAUGCCCAGGGUGUCCCCGUUCCUCCUGACUCCGCGCUGGCCCCCGUGUGGGUGCGGUUGGGACACUCUGCACCCUUUGCCAGCUUCUUCCUCCCCCCACCCCGCCCUCUGGGAGCCACAGGCCCGGAGGGGCGAGCUGGGUGGGGCGUGGGGCUGGUGCCAGGCGCGUGUACAUGAUUUUGUUUUGCACGUUUGGUUUGCGCAGUGGUUUGGUUUGACUUGUUUGUGCAUCCUGUGAAAAAUAACGGUGCUUCGUGUCACUAGCAUAGCAUAGAAACAGGAGUAGAUGUGGACCUUAAGAGAUGCUGCACUCGACACCAACCAGACAGCCUAGGGCGCAGGCGGGGGUUGGCGGGGGGAAUGAGGUGUGGGACUCACAGGCCCUUCUCCUCCCCACCUGGGGUCCUCCAGGCUGCCUAGGCCUUGUCCUGGGCCCUCCUCCCAUCCCCUCCUGUCCUGCUAUAGUUUCCCAUAGGCUGCGAGGGUACCCCCAGGGUGCCCCCAGGGACCGUCGGGGAGUAGAGUCACCUUUCCCAUCUCUGGCUCUGGUCUCUCCCAGCACUGACACCCGCACACACCCAGCUAGCUUCCUAUAAACUCCCCCUGCCGGACGGAGGCCCAGCCGCUCCUCCUGUGUGAUUGGCAAGGGGCCUCAU